CGACCCUUCCUCACCAACUAUGCUACCCAGCUCCUGGUCCAGGCCCUGGUACUCUCCCGCCUAGACUACUGCAACUCCCUCCUGGCUGGCCUCCCUGCGUCCGCCACCCGUCCGCUCCAGCUCAUCCAGAACUCUGCUGCUCGCCUGGUGUUCUCUCUACCUCGCUUCGCCCACGCUACUCCACUACUCCGCUCGCUCCACUGGCUCCCGAUCACCGCUCGCAUCCAGUUCAAGACUCUUGUACUAGCCUACAGAUGCCUUGAUCAGACUGCACCCAGCUACCUCCAGACCCUCAUCUCUCCCUACACCCCCACUCGACCUCUCCGCUCCGCCUGCACUAGAAGACUGGCUCUACCUCCGCUACGCUCCCCUGCCUGCCGAGCCCGCUCCUUCUCCACCCUUGCUCCGCAGUGGUGGAACGACCUUCCUACAGAUGUCAGGACUGCCCAGUCCCUGACCACAUUCCGGCGCCUCCUUAAGACUCACCUCUUCAAACAGCACCUGUAGAACUCCUCUGUUGUAUCCUGGGACACUAUCACCCUUCAUUUAAAUAUGCUUUAUUUUGCUCUUAUCUGCCCCCUAUUUUACUGCAUUUAAUCCUGUACCUCAGAAUAUUGUAAUCUGCCAAGUGUUUAAUCUGUAGUAUUUUGUACUUAAUCAUAUCCUGAUGUAACUAUCACUAUUUAAUCAUAUCCUGAUGUAACUUUCACUAUUAUCUGCUGUAUUAUUGAAUUGUGAUUUGUCACACUUGAGAAUUAUUGUAUUUCUUGUUCUUAUUGUAUGACUUAUAUUGUAACACUUGAAUGUAUUUGUAUUUGCUUGCGAUUGUAAGUCGCCCUGGAUAAGGGCGUCUGCUAAGAAAUAAAUAAUAAAAUAAUAAUAAUCACAGGUGUGGCCAUUUUCCAAUUAGGUAAUUGAGUGCUAACUGGGGAAUGGUCACUUGCAUAUAAGGGAGGAGAAAUCCUUUGUGUGGUGAAGGGAGUUUGGUGAUCUGUAUUGUGACAAAGGUGAUUGCCCAGCCUAUGUAGUAUUGCUAUUGUUUAACCCUUUGAUUUUGUCCCUUGUACCCUGUUUAUUUGCUAUUUGUUUAAAUAAAUGUGGACGCAAGUGCUUGAACUGCAGAUUCCUUGUCUCCUGAGCACCCCCUAGAGACUCAGAGCAAGACUGCAGUUUCCUUGUAUAUGGGACAUUGCUUUCAGUUGCUGAAAGUGCUGGCUGAAUGCCAGGCUCAGCGUGCCUGCCAGCUUCCUGUCAAUAACCAUGUUUUUGGACAUGACCCUUGUCCAGGUGUAACUAAAUACCUUCUUGUCUCAUAUAAAUGCAAACCAACGGAACACAAAACCAAAGUAGGGUGUGAAGGGGAACAGUUGAAACUGCAGUGUAAGGAUCCUAGAGUGAUUAACAUCUACUCGGCAGUCUAUGGUAGAUGGCAGGAUGAGAAUGAGGUCUGCUCCUUGGGUGACAAAUUACCUCAGUUUGAAUGUUUAUUCCAUGGAGCUGUGGAGUUUGUAUCACAGAUGUGCUAUGCCAAACAGAGAUGUAAUCUAAUGGUCAACAACCACCAUUUCAAAGACCCAUGCUUCCCUGGAGUUAGAAAGUACCUCCGAAUAAUCUACAAGUGUGUUCCAAAGAUUUUACUCAAAGAAGUAGAUCCAAGUUUGUCAAAGCUGAUCCCUUCUUUGAAACAAAAUCAUGAAAAUGGGAUAAUUUUGCAACCCAAAGGAUCAAGACUUCCAGACAAUAAUAGUAUUCUUGUCAGCAACUCUCUGGCUGUGUAUGCUUAUAUUAAAGAUCACCCAGAAAGAACAGCCCUGCUGUUUGUUUCUAGUGUCUGUAUGGGCCUGUUCAUCACCUUGUGUGCGCUGGUGCUCCGAGUGUCCUGCAGGAAGGAGCUCCAGACCCCGUGUCACGGGAGAUUACUGCACAGCAGAGACUCCAAAGGGGAAGAAGAUACUAACGACACUAACGAGGAGGGCUCGUCAGACUCCUGCCAUAUGAACGGCAUCUACAGAACUGCAACCAUCGAUCUGGACCCAGCGGAGGCAGCCGAACUGGCAGAAAGAAUAGAAAGGCGGGAACAAAUAAUCCAAGAGAUCUGGAUGAACAGCUGCUUAGAUGGGACAAUAAUCAGAAGUAUAAACCAGUAUUAUUGAACACUGGAACUGUAAAAAACUUUUGUUUUGUUUUCAAAUGUAUUAUUAUUAUUUUACAUAUUUAUAAUAACCCUUUUAGACCAUGGAUACUUUUUGAGGAGCCCUGCAGAUUCUUUAUUGCAGGAUUGUCUGUGGUAUUUUGAAAUUAUAUCCUAUUUAUUUUAUUUAUUGUAGAAGGACAAACUGUUCUUUCAAACAAAAUAUAGCUUGGUGGUUAUCCACACUUUUGUAAAAAAAAAAAAACCUCACUGCUUUGAUAAACUGUCCUUCUGUAACUCCCAAGGUAGAUUGCAUCAAAACAUGACAUGUCUGGAAUAUUGUUUUCCAGGUUAUAGUGUACAGUAGGUAUCUCCAUCUGCUGUCCUUAUGAUGGGGUAUAGAGACCCCAGUGAAUUUUAAGGGUUAAUAUGCUGUACUCCUUCUGUGACGCUCAGAUCACAAGUAUCACUGUGCCGGCCUCAUACUGGCUCCUAGUGGACAGAGGUCAUCCUAACAAAUAGGCAGAAUUGCUUGAGUGUUCCAGAAGAGAAUAGCAUUGGGUCGAUUUGAAGUGCGCUGCUUGCAGACCUACAAGGGAAAGUGAAGCUUCAAAUCUGACCCUAGCCAAUGCCAUUGUUUUUCAUGUUUUAUGAGGACUGAAAUCACAACAGAAAUUAUCACUAAAUGACCAUCAUUGGUCAGUGGUCCACUCCCUGGGUGCCACUGCAAGUGACUGCUCUAAAGGUGCAUGUUCUCCUUAACCGAGGAUUGAACCCCAGCCUCUAGGUCCAACGUCCUGCCCUGUGCCAAAAAAGCUAGGCUCCAGUUACAUAAAGGCUUUUAUGAGAUCUACAUUCUAAACCCUAGAACAUUGCCAGCAGCGUUUUGUAUUUUGAGCUUGCAAACGACAUUCAGAGCAAGAAUGUGCCUAUUUAUUCACAAAGGAAGAUGGCAAAAAGGCUUCAACAUGUUCAAAGAGGGAAGAAGCUUGCUGUAGCUGGAAGUAUUAAUCCAUGAAAGCCAAAAAAAAAAAAAAAACCUAUGCUAAAUCUCAGUUGAGAUGGGAAUGAGGGUGUCAUCCACAGUGGAUGAAAUCACAUACCAUGUGAAUAAGCAUAAUCUUGUUUUUGACACUGCAGCUUUAAAAUUACAUUUCUAUCUUGUAUGUUUAUAAAUGUUCGUUGGCUGCCUCUAA